AUGCAAUAUGAACCAAUCAGUGAACACAAGCUCAGGCAUUCGCUUUUCGGCAAUGUCACGUCGAAGGUUAAGGAGCACAAGAAAUAUUUAGUUCACUUAGCCAGUCUGGACAAUAGUUACUCAUGUAAUUUCAAAGCAUUUGACGAAGAAGAAAUAUGCGCGGAAAUUCCACUGUGGGAGAAGCAGCCGUGGAUGGACGAAUUGACGGAGCUAGGCGUACAACUCUCCGACGGACCGAGUAAAUGUGAGCACGCUGCGCCAGUUAGAGUUCUCAUCGGAGCGGACAUAGCGGGAAAACUGACGACUAGUCGCACGGUGCAGUUGAAGUGUGGUUUGUCAGCGAUCGAGACAUCUCUUGGCUGGACAUUGAUGGGUCAAGUUUCUAAACCUAUUGCUAGUGAUAUUGCUGGGCAGGUUAUUUCUAUGUUUCAGCGUGAAGCCUGUGUAUCUGAUCUCUGGGAGCUAGAUGUGAUCGGUAUUAACGACCAAAUUAAAGAGAAGUCUCGCAAAGAUCUUGACGACGAGGUUAUGCAGCGUUUCGAGGAAACAGUCACCGUCAAUAAGGAAGGACGAUAUGAAGUGUGUCUUCCGUGGAUAGAGACACAUCCUGUUCUACCCGACAACAAGGAGUUAGCUGAGAGGAGGCUCAUUACGACCGCGAGGAAACUGAGAUCUUCCAUGAUGUACGAGGAAUACGACCGAGUCUUUCAAGAUUGGUUGACGGAAGGAAUUAUCGAAGUGGUACCCGACCAUGAAGUCGACAAGGAAGCACACUAUUUGCCUCACAGGGGCGUCGUUAAAGAAAAUAGUACCACUCCGCUGCGUCCGGUAUUCGAUGCGUCCGCAAAAUGUAAAAACUUUCCAUCACUUAAUGAAUGUUUAGAAAAGGGGCCCAAUUUGAUUGAGCUUAUUUCCACUAUUUUAAUGCGUUUUCGUAGGGAAAGAAUCGGUGUCGUGAGUGACAUCAGAAAAGCAUUUUUGCAAAUAUGUUUAACUGAAAAGGAUCGAGAUUCAUUAAGAUUCCUAUGGUAUGAUGAACUGGGAAAUAUAAUAACUUACCGACAUGUUCGCGUAGUUUUUGGCGUGUCGUGUAGCCCUUUCCUUUUAGGGGCGGUGAUCGACCAUCAUUUGAAACGACUGUUUACAGACGAAAAAAUGAAAUUUAGGUUUAAAAAUCCAGAGAAAAAUCUCCCUAAGUUGAUGGAAAGCUUUUACGUAGACAACUGUGUUACUAGUUUGAGCACAAUGACCGAGGUCGAGCAAUUCAGGUAUGAUGCGAGUCUUGCUAUGAGUGAGGGAGCAUUUGAACUUCGAGGAUGGGAAAAUUCUGGUUCGAAAACGGAAGGGAGAGAUAUAUCGGUAUUAGGCCUGAUGUGGGAUAAGGAGGAAGAUACCCUGCGACUAGUGGUUCCUUCGAUUGAGGGGAUCAUGAACGAGAAAAUUACGAAACGGCUUAUACUCUCUUAUUCCCAUCGCGUGUUUGAUCCGAUUGGUUUUGUAUGCCCUGUGAUGAUUACUCCCAAGCUUUUACUGCAACGAAUCUGGGUUUCUAAAAUCAGGUGGGAUGGCGAGGUUGAUGACAAGAUUCGGGACGAGUUUAAGAAAUGGUUAAGCAAUCUGUCUGAAUUGAACGAUCUUCGGUUCCCGCGCUGGAUGUUUGUCUCACCAAUGCGCGAGACUAACAUAACGUUUCAUGUAUUUUGCGAUGCCAGUAAAAAGGCGUAUGCUGCGAUAAUCUUUACCCGCAUGGAAUGUGCUUCCGAAGUCAAUAUUUCAUUUGUUACGGCGAAGGCUAGGGUGGCUCCAGUUGCUUCCAUGACGAUUCCUCGCCUUGAACUUUUGGCAGCCUGCAUGGGUGCCAGACUAGCGCGUUCUACUUUGAAUUCCCUUAAAAUGGUCGAUAAGAGAAUUACGUAUUGGAGUGAUUCUAGCACAGUAGUGUUCUGGGUCCAACACAAUUGUCCUUGGGCCCCUUUUGUGGCCAAUCGGGUCAGAGAGAUCAGAGGUUUGUCGAGUCAUGGAGAAUGGAGACACAUUCCGGGGGACUUAAACCCAGCGGAUUUGCCGUCAUGUGGCUGUACGCUCGGUAUGCUCCGUAGUGUGAAUUGGUGGAGCGGUCCGGACUACUCCGGACUGGCUAAGGGGUAA